AUGCCUGUGGUCGGCGGACAUGGUCGCGUGUAUGGCAAGAUUGGCUACGUUGGCCAGAAGCCAUACAUUAUGAACGUCACCUUCCGCGAGAAUGUGCUCAUGGGCGCUGAGUACGACGAGAAGUGGAUGCAUCAGGUGCUUGAAGUCUGCGCUCUGUCCGAGGAUGUCGAGCAGGUUGCAGCUGGUGAUAUGUCAGAAAUUGGCCACAAUGGUACUAACCUGUCCGGCGAUCAAAAGGUGCAACUGGCACUAGCAAGGGCACUGUACCUGAAGGCAGACGCUUACAUUUUUGACGACUUGCUUGUGACUGUCGAUGCGCGGGUCGAGCGUCUCAUCGUCGAGCGUGUUUUGGCAUCAGGCGGCAUCAUUGGCGACAAGACGCGCAUUCUGGCUACCCACGCCGAGAAUCCGGUGCCACUAAGCAGCAAGGACAUUAAGCUUACUGAGGGGCAUGCCGAGAUUGCCGAGCAGCAGCCGGUUGAGCUUGUGUCUGCUGUCAACACAGAGGAGCACAUUUCUGCAUUGUCG